CCCGGGACACCCCGAGAGCGGCUGCCGGGGACACGCUGCGUGUGGGGGGCUGAUGGGCAGCGCCGAGGGGGCAGCUCCAGGCCAGCCCCGCGGCCACCCCACAGCCCGGGGGCAGGGGAAGGGCUGGUGCUGGGGGUGACGCUGCCAAUGGCUUCUCCGCAGGGAUUUCACUGGGAACGCGCUCACCCUCAUCUCCCCGCAGGCGUGGAAGGCAUACCCGUGGGCUGAGAAGCUAGUCCUCCAGGACAACAGCCUGCAGGCAGUGAAGAGGCGCUCACUGGAGGGGCUGCUCCUGCUGAGGCACCUGGAUUUAUCUUACAACAAAAUCCAGUUGAUCGAGGCACGUGCUUUUGAGAACCUUCCUUUCCUGGAGACGAUAAACCUGGAGGGAAAUCUUAUCACCGAGAUCCGGAACGACACCUUCCGGGCAUGGCACGGGAUGCAGUUCCUCCAGACACUGAUCCUGAGCCGUAACCCCCUGUCCGUUAUCGAGGACAUGUGGUUCUUCAAGCUGCCUUCAGUCACCCAUCUGGACCUGGGUGCCACACAAGUGACUCGGCAAACGCUGCUCAUGCUGCUCCUGAGAACAUCCCGCCUGGAAACACUCAAGCUGUCCAACGACACGGCCUGCUGCCUCUGCCAGCACAAGCACAGCACCGAGACCCCGUGCAGGACCCUCAGCUUCGACUGCGCGAGCGUGUGCAGCACCAGUGCUCCCCACUGCGCUCCUCUGGCAGAGACACCAGGAUACCUAAUGGGACCGGUGGCACCUAGGAAGGGGAACAGCCACUCUGUGUUGAAGCUCCAGACCAAGGAGCCUUUGCUCAGGGAGCAGAGAACCAUCACGCUUGCGGUUGUCCUGAGCCUGAGCAGCCCCGAUGCGUUGGCACCUUCCCCUCAGCAGCUCUCGAGGCAGGAGGGCAACACUGCCAAGGAGCUGAUGCUGAUGCUGCAGAACAUUCAGCACACGGGCUGGAGCAGCUCCAUUGACACCAGGAGAUUCUAUUUUCUGGCAGAGGGGCUCGUGGCACAGCUGAAGAACAAGCUGCACAAGGCCAUGAGCACCCUGACUGUGAAAAGCCCCAGCACAGCCCGGCCACUGCAGAGGGAUGAGGGGCAGGAGGUGCCAGCAGGAGAGGGAGGAAGAGGCACAGGCUGGGAACAGCGUGAGCAUCUCUUGGACUUGACCCAGGCAGAAUCCACCCUCUGGGAAGCAGCCCGAAGGAUGAACCUCAGCAACAUCCUCCCAGUCUCCGGCCACCAGAGAGCACCCACCCCUCUUGCAGCACAGCCCCCUCCACGAUACCCAACAGAGGCUCCACAUCUGGCCCGGUCUGGCGGGAGUCAGGAUCAUUCCAACGCCAUGGAACAGACCAACGCGGCUGAUUGGAUGAAGGAUGAGGAUAGCGCAGAAGAUGAGGAGGAAGCAGAAUCUCCAACACAGGACUCUGCUGGGACCAACGAGGAGCAGGAGCAGCAGGACAGCGAUGAGACAGUGGGCAGUGAGGGUGCAGAAGAAGAGCCAGCAGCAGCAGAGAGUAGAGCAGAGCAGAGGCUGAGCUCGAUCCAGCAUUUCUUCUAUACUCUGCUGGCUGACAACAGCCCCCCUGCUGCCAGCAGCGCACCAGAGGACACGGCUGCAGCAGAGCAUUCCUCUGGGGGCGGGCAGCCACUCACUGCCCGUGCAAGCAGCACAACACGUGGGCAGGACAAGGAGCAGGAACCCCCUGUCCCAACGGCACCGGGCAGCUCCAGCGCCCCGGGCGGUGCAGCCACACGAGGAGCCGCCUUUGACACCCUGCUCAGCCGCCACCUGCACUCGCUGGUGCCAGACCGAGCCCUGCGCAGGUUCAUGGCACACGUGGCUCGAGCCCUGCGCGGGGACUGCGGCCUGCCCCAGCUCCAGCCGGCCUGCGCCAAGAUGGUCUCGAGGACGGGGCUGCUCCUGAAGCUGCUCAGCGAGAGGCAGCACGACCCGGAGCCCUCUGAUCUCCUGGAGCAGUGUGUGCGGGAGGAGGACGCCGGCACCUCGACUCCCCGUGCCCAGGUCCAGGCCAGGGAGAUGGACAGCGAGUCUGCAGAGACGGAGAUGGCCAAGCACACCUCUGGCCAGAGGCUGCUGCUGGCGCUCUCGCUGUCCUCCCUCAUCACGUUUACUCUCUUGGUGCUCUGCUGCUCCAAGGUUUGCACCAAGAAACGUGCCGAGGAUUCCCAAGGCAGCAGCGACUCACGCCUGAAGCGGUGCUUUCAGAACCUGCAGCCCAAGUGCUGGAGCAGGAACAAGGACAAGGACAAGGACAAGGAUGAGGAGGCAGCCCUGGCUCAGCCCGACGCUGGAGAGGAGCCAGACUUGGAUGAGGUGGUCGUUGACCGAACCGAUCCCAGAUCCCGGUCAAGCUCUCCCAGUGCGGACGCGACGUCAGAGGAUGAGCCGCUUUCCCUUGCCCCCCAAGCGCCGUGAGCCCUGGCACGAUGGUCCCUCUCCAUGGAGCAGGAUGCUGCAGGCCCCUGGCUGCUCGUGACACCCCACAGCGAACAUCAUGGGAGUUCAACAAGACCAAGUGCUCCAGCCUGGAGAAGAGAAGGCUCCAGAGAGACCUUAGAGCAGCUCCCAGUGCCUGAAGGGACUACAAGAGAUCUGGAGAGGGACUUUAUACAGGGGCCUGUAGUGAUAGGUUAAGGGGGGGUAGUUUUAACCUGACAGAGUUGAGAGUCAACAUUAGGUUUAGAUUUUACUUUAGGUUUGGAUUAGACAUUAGGAAGAAGUUCUUUGAAGUCACCAAUAAACUGUUGGGUUGUUCAUUCA